CACAUCCUCGAGAGCUCACUCAAUCAAAAACGGUCUUCUGUCUCCAAGUAUACCGAAACUAAACGUCCUCCAGAGAAACAAUAGAUAUUGGUCGUAACAAAAAACGUGAAUUUCGAGCAAGAGAAGCCAGUUCUUCUUGAUAUCUGCGGUUGCCUGUUAGAUGGAACUUUGGAGCCUGCUAUAAGACUACCAGAGUAUAAAUGUAUUAAGAGAUCUAAUGGGAGCUGUACCGUAGUGAGAAGUUGACGCAUGUAAUUUAAUCAGGAUUGACAAACGGGUGUCAAGUGGGCGACGUCAAGUUGAACAGAAAAUAAAAGACAGAAAAUAAAUAGAAACUUUCAGUCGAGGACUUAAUUUGAGAAGUGUUUUAUGUUUAGGACAAGUUUGACGUGUCAGGGAGAAUUUUAUUCAUCAGCGUGAGUACGUCUUCAGAGCAUGCAAGUGACAACGAUCGAGAACGUCAUCCUUGCGUUUGUUCUGUUUACAAUGACGGUUGCAGGUCAAAUACGAGCGAGGAGAAGGUUUUGCGAAACAUACCCGUUCGCACGUCGAUGUUUGGGGGUAGCAGCCAAGAGAGACGUCACAAGUCUGCAGACCGAGAAUAGCCGGGAACAGAGAUUGUUGGAAAUCGAAAACAUGCUUGAAAACGAAAGGUUUCCAGAAAGAACAGAAUCCCCCGAGACCUUGUUCCCAACCACUUACGUAAAAAGAUCACCUGUCAGUUUACUUGAACAGAUUCUCAACAACAGGCGGCGAUUCGGAUUAAAAAGACAGGAUGAAUUUUCAAUAUCAUUAAAAGGUAUUUCGGAAGAUGACAGCGAUUUCCCGGACGGGUUUUGAUUUUUACUUUUCGACUGACUGAUGUCUUCUGCUUCUUGUUUUUGACGGAACUUAUAUCUCUGCCAUUUACUAAAACAUCACAGUAUGUUGGAAUCGAAUCAGUGUUUUUAUUUAUUGCUCCUCGGAAUAUAAAUUCCCGUUCUGUGAAAAUUCGAACUCAAUUAAUAUUUAUUAACAUUAUAGCCUAAAUUAUAAUAUAUAUUUGUUUUUGUUAUAGUUGUUUUUAGAGUUAAAUUUAUUUUGGAAAUAAAACUGUAAAAAUGUC